AUGCCAUUAAUUACAUUUACAGGUUAUCCUUGCUCGGGUAAGACCAAAUGGGCCAAACUAUUACAAGAACAACUAGAAAAGAAAAUAGAAACUGCAAAACAACAGGGUGACCAGGGUAAAAAUUUCACAGUAACUUAUCAUUCUGAUGAAACUUUAGGUAUAAAUCAUUCAGUAUAUGAAGAUUCAAAUUUAGAAAAGAAUGCUAGAGGAACUCAAAUCUCGGCGGUUAAAAGAGAUAUUUCAAGAACUAAUAUUAUCAUUUUGGAUUCUUUGUCAUAUAUCAAAGGAUUUAGAUAUCAAUUAUUUUGUGAAGCUAAGGGAACGGUUACACCACAUUGUGUUGUUCAUGUAGUUGCACCUCUUCUGAAAUGUAUUGAAUGGAAUGGUAAUGCAAAUGAAGACAAUAAAUGGAAUGAAGAGCUAAUGAAACAAUUAGAAAUGAGAUAUGAAGAACCAAAUAGUGAUUCUAGAUGGGAUUCACCGUUAUUUACUCUCGUUUCUGACGAUCCAAAUGAAAAAUUACCAAUAGAUGAGAUUUGGGAUGCACUUGUAUUAAAGAAAGCUCCACCUCCAAAUGCUGCUACUUUGAUUAAACCAACUUCAGGGAAUUCCUUCUUACAAGAAUUAGAUAAAAAGACACAAGAAGUUGUGUCAAAGAUUAUUCAACAACAACAAAUUUCCGCUGGUGGAGAUAUUGUCAUUGAUUCAGGAUUAGUUAUACACCUUCCUACUGGAAGUGUCAGUACUCCUCAACUACAAAGAAUUAGAAGAUCUUACAUCAGUCUUAAUAGAAUGAGAACAAUUGAAAUCGAUAGAAUUAUACCGUUGUUUGUUGAAUAUAUAAAUAGAAGUCUAAGUGAUGAUUAG